ACAGCCGUCACCCUCACCAGUCCACUAGAAAUAGUUUUGAAAUUGAAGAAAAAAGUGUUCAAAAAUUCUUAACAAAUUAGAUGCAAAAAUGGAUUUGACCCUGCGGCCAGUUGAGGAAGAUCUUCCAAAACCUGCAGUACUGAUGCCGUCGGUUGGCUCACGAGGCAAACGUCCACCACGCAAUAUGACGGCCACAGACAAGGUUUAUGCCAUUCAACGGGUACGCAAUGGUGAGACCAAGGCAUCUGUGUCGCGUUCGAUUGGUGUCCCAGAAUCCACCCUAAGGGGGUGGUGUAAAAAUGAACAAAAAUUACGUUUUAUGAGUCGGCAGCAACAGCAGCAGACAAAUUUUGUAUUAAAGGAAUCCUCCUCCACCUUCUAUGGUAUGGAAUAUUCAAUUAUGUCCGCUUCGGACUCCAAUCCUGAACAACAGCCGGCUGAAAAGAAAUUCUGUGGCUUAGAGAGCAUUACUAAUUUUAAUAGUCCAGUGGGCCCAUCUCCUCUGCCUUUCCUAAAUUCCGCCUCCGCCUCCUCCUCCUGCACGGACAAAGCUUAUGCCAUACAGCGGGUACGUAAUGGUGAGAGCAGAGCACUCGUAUCUCGUUCGAUUGGUGUAUCUGAAACGACCCUCAGGGGAUGGAUUAAGAAUGAUCAAAAGAUACGCUCUAUGGGCGGUGUGGAUCCUCCAUCAGCUUGUGGUAUGUCAGGACUUGGAAUGAAGGACUCAUCAAAUUCUGAACAAUUUUUCAAUUCGGAAAAUUUAAACAUUUUCAAUAACAUGAUGGACCCAUAUGCUUCCACUCCUUCGAAUAGUUCUUCAAAUUUUAUCGAUUAUUUCUGUGAGCCAGCCCUUCAACCUGUAAAUAAUCCAGCCAUAUUUUGGUCCCCGGCCAGUAUCUUAAAUACCGACUAUGCCGAACUUUCUCAGAUGCAGAAUCUCUAUUUGACAGCCUUGUUCAGUUCCAUGGGCUCGAAAUAAUUUCAAAUGAUUGGAAUUUAACAAGAAUCGAAUUUAAUCUCGAGAAUCGAAUACCAAUACUACCUCUGCUGAAGGCUUUGUUUUAUUACUUAAUUUUAAUUUUUUGUUUUUUAAUUUAUUUAUAUGUAAAUCACAUUUUAAUUGAUUUAUGUAAAUUAAAGAAUCAAAUUUAUAUUUAUUUGGAUUGUAAUUAUUUUUAAUUUGAUUUUAGUUAGUUUUAGUUGUGGUUUUACU